UUGUAUAGCAGUAUAGGGCAUUGCUGAGCCGCGGCGUUCCAAUACGAGGCUUUUCUUCCCGGACCCCUCUUCUUCCUUUUGCUUUCGAGCUUUAGCAGUAGUACCAAUAUAAAACCGCGGGCCGAUGCGCGCGGCUCUGCAGGGGAGCAGCAUGCCGGGAGAGAAAGGGAUGGCUUCGGAGUCCGCGCCCUUCUGCCUCUCGGGGACCGGAGGCGGCAAGGGGGCCGCCGCGGCGAGGGCCGCGCUCGCGGGGCGCUUCCACGACGCGCUCGUCUUCGCGGCCGGCGCCGCCGCGGCGGUGCUCGUGCUCCUCUGCACCGCGUCCUUCCUCUCGCCCUCCCCCGUCCCCAGCAUCGUCUCCUUCCCCGCCUUCCCCUCGGUCCCGUCCUCCUCCCCCCUCGCCGGCGCCGGCGGCGACGACGACGACGGCGUCCUGGCGGCGGACCGGCGGCGCACGUUCUACGACGACCCGGAGCUCUCCUACGCCGUGGGCGGCGGGCGGCGCCUCACCGGCUGGGACGCGAAGCGCGCGGAGUGGCUGCGCAUCCACGGCCUCAACAAUGGCGGCGGCCAGGAGCGCGUGGUGAUGCUGUCGGGCUCGCAGUCCCACCCCUGCAAGGGCGCCGGCGGCGACCACGCGCUGCUCCGCUUCCUUAAGAACAAGGUCGACUACUGCCGCCUCCACGGCAUCCAGCUCCUCUACAACACGGCGCUGCUCCACCCGGAGAUGCUGGCCUACUGGGCCAAGAUCCCCGUGGUGCGGGCCACAAUGCUGGCCCACCCGGAGGCCGAGUGGGUCUGGUGGGUCGACGCCGACGCCGUCUUCACCGACAUGGACUUCUCCCUCCCGCUCCCCAAAUACAAGAACCACAACCUCGUCUUCUACGGCUGGGACCGCGAAGUCUACGGCGAGAAGUCCUGGGUCGGGCUCAACGCCGGCGUCUUCCUCAUCCGCAACUGCCAGUGGUCGCUGGACUUCAUGGACGCCUGGGCCGCCAUGAGCCCGACUUCCCCGGAUUACGACGAAUGGGGGAAAAUCCUCAUGGACAAUCUCAAGUGGAAAUCCUCCAACGACUCCGACGACCAGUCGGCGCUCGUGUACCUGCUGAUGAAGAACCGGAGGAAAUGGGGCCGCAAGACGUACCUCGACCACGACUACUUCUUCCAGGGCUACUGGGCGGAGAUCGUGGACCGGCUCGACGGCGUCGCGGUGAGGUACCUGGCGGCGGAGCGGCGCGCCGCCAGGCCCGGGACGUCCGCGCUCCUGCGGCGGAGGCACGCGGAGGCGGAGCACGCGCUGUACGCGGCGGCGAGGAACGCCGUGGUGGGCCGGGCCGUCCCUGGGCCGGCCGGCGGCGGGCAGACGGGCUGGCGCCGGCCCUUCAUCACGCACUUCGCCGGGUGCCAGCCCUGCGGCGGCACGCCCAACGUCAUCUUCCCCAACGGGAGCUGCGCCGAAGGGGUCCGCCGCGCGCUCAACUUCGCCGACGACCAGGUGCUCCGCGCCUACGGGUUCCGGCACGCGGGGCCGCUCAGCGACGUCGUCCAGCCGCUGCCGUUCGGAUACCCGCGCUCUCCGGCGCGCGCCUAGAUAGCUAGUACCUGUGCUCCAACGGCGUGAAACCAUUAUUCAGUGGUAGUAGAUCCAAAGAUCGAUCGAUGUUGCUCCAAUUUCACUUUCUUUGGACGUGGUAAUAGUACUAAUACAUACUUGAACCUUUGUUCGCAUCAUUUCACGAUUUCGGCUUGAUGACGGAUUUCGUCCUGCUGUU